AAGGACUGCUGCUGCACUCACAGCUUUUUUUUUUUUUUUUUUUUUUUUUAUACAACGAAGCAUACGUCGACCUUGUAAACAUAGGCAAUUCCCUGGUGUUAUGGAGGGAGUUGAGUCUUCCAGUUUGGUGUAGUUAAAUCAACGAAAGCGAUGGAAUCUUGCGGGUGCGGGACGCUUGUUUGCUCAGCGGUCAAGAUCAUGGCUGCUGUUCUCGUUCUAUUUCUUCACUUUCUCACUGCUCCAGCAUUGGAAUCCGCUUCUGACAAAGACUCACCGUUUAAGUACCCACAUCUCACGAGCUGUGUGUCCACCAACAUGGAGACUUUCUACUGCAGAUGGGAUGUUGGAACCUGGCAGAACCUCUCAAAACCAGAAGAUUUGCGCUUAUUCUAUAUUACCAAAUUACCCCUGCAUGCAUCUUCUAAAGAGUGGAGCGAGUGUCCUCAUUACUCCAUAGUAAGGUUAAACGAGUGUUUCUUCAGUGAAAACCACACAUCCGUUUGGAUAGAUUACAGCGUUCAACUCCGCUCAAGGGAUCAAACCAUCCUCUACGAUGAGAAGCACUUCAAUGUCCAGGACAUUGUGCAACCGGAUCCACCUCUCGGCCUAAACUGGACAAUGCUGAAUGUGAGUUUGACUGGUAGCUUCUAUGAUAUAAUGCUCAGUUGGAAGCCGCCUCCAUCUGCUGACGUCAACAUGGGAUGGAUGACUUUGCAGUAUGAGGUCCAAUACCGUAAAGUACAUUCUGAACACUGGGAUACGGCUGAGCUUGUAAAAAGCACACAUCGCUCCGUGUACGGGCUUCAAACUAAUGUAAAUUAUGAAGUGCAAGUCCGCUGCAAAAAGCACGGUGAGAAGAAGUUUGGAGGGUUCAGUGACUCUAUAUUCGUCCACGUCCCAUCUGAAGCAUCAAGAUUUCCUUUGGUGGCUUUACUCAUCUUUGGCACCUUGUGCUUGAUAGUCAUCCUGAUGUUGGUUAUCUUAUCGAAGCAGGAAAAGUUGAUGGUCAUUCUUCUACCACCUGUUCCUGGACCUAAAAUAAGAGGAAUUGACCCUGAACUACUAAAGAAAGGGAAGCUAAAGGAGUUUACAUCUAUCCUGGGCUCCCCCCCUGAACUGAGGCCAGAGCUGUACACCAAUGACCCCUGGGUGGAGUUCAUCGAUCUGGACUUUGAGGAGCAGAGCGACAGACUAACGAACCUGGACACUGAUUUCCUCAUGGAUCGAUCCUUGUUCUCCAAUUCCUCACAUCUUUCCAUCGGUUUCAGGGAUGAUGACUCGGGCCGCGCAAGCUGCUGUGAUCCUGAUCUUUGCAGUGAUCCGGAAACAUCACAUUUCCAUUCCCUCGUCACAAACCAAAUCCACCACAAGGCCAGCUGCUGCGCUGCUGCCGGACCUGGCUCUGCAAGCCCAAGCACCACAGCAGGAGAGCCUCCUUCAGUAGUCCCUGUCAGAGAAGCACUGUACACGCAGGUAAGCGAGGUCAAGCCUUCUGGCAAGGUGCUGUUGUACCCUGAGGAUGAGAUGGAGGAAAACACACUCAAAGACUCCAAACAAAUUAAAACAGAUGAAAAAAAGCUCCUGCUAAAUACAGAUCACAGAGGUUACACCUCAGAGCUCAAUGCAGGAAAAAUGAGCCAAUCUUUGCCGACAUGCAAUGUCAGUGACUCAUGUUCAACAGGGGAAGAUUUGAGUUCUAUCACAUGUUCUUCUUCAGAGGACUACCAUCAACCUUCCCAUGAAUCGGUUACAAAUCCCACAUCCCACUUUCCCCCUACUCCUGUCUAUACUGUAGUAGAGGAUGUCGAUAGGCAAAACAGCCUUGUACUGACACCAAAUUCAAUACCGGCCCUGCAGCUGACAGUCCCCAAGGCCAUGCCGACACCGGACGGCUACCUGACCCCCGACCUUUGGGGAAGUAUAACACCAUAAACCUGAAGCGACCUAUCUAAAGUUAAAAAUAUUCAGUCACCAGUAGAGACAAACUCCUAAAACACUCUUUAUGAUUAAUGACUGAGUCUUAUGCUUCAGUGUUGAAUGUCACUUCGCCUAAAAUAGAAAAGGAUGACCGUCCUGCCACCAACUCUACAGGCUCUGGUUUGAACUACCCCGAGUGGCAAGAAUGCUUAUUAAUGCAGAAACAAAAGGGAACUCAAGAACUGGAAUCUGUUGCUAUAAUUCUAUACUGUGAACCCCCACAUAUUAUAUACCCUCCAUUGUUUGCUGGAAGUCUUGGCUAUUUGCUGUUUUUGUUCAAGAGCAAGAGAAAUCAAACUAUGACUUUGGCACCAUCUGGUGGAAUCGUGGUGUUGUUGUUAGGUCUAAUUUGUCGAUGGUGUUUCUCUAGUCUGCGUUUGAGAUGUCCUGUUAUGUUGUCGGUCCGUAAAUGCACCUUAUACACAGUCAAAGUGAAAUUGAAAUUAUGUUUUUGUUUCUCUCUUGUACCAAUAGCCAGUGUAAUCUACUUUACCAUUACAAUUUGCCUGUAUUUGUAACAUUUACAAUUGUGUGUAAAUGCCAAAAUGUGAGUUUAAUGACUUAACACUGUUUGUGUUAAGUGUCAGUGCACGUAUCGCUGGUGUCUGGCCGAAACGUCCUAUAUUCAAAUUUGGUCAAUUUCAUCCAUCCAUCCAUUUUCUGAGCCGCUUCUCCUCACGCGGGUCGCGGACGUGCUGGAGCCUAUCCCAGCUAUCAGGAGGCGGGGUACACCCUGAACUGGUUGCCAGCCAAUCGCAGGGCACAUAUAAACAAACAAGCAUUCACACGCACAUUCACACCUACGGGCAAUUUAGAGUUGUCAAUUAACCUACCACGCAUGUUUUUGGGAUGUGGGAGGAAACUGGAGUGCCCGGAGAAAACCCACGCAGGCACAGGGAGAACAUGCAAACUCCACACAGGCGGGGCCGGGGAUUGAACUGUCCUCAGAACUGUGAGGCAGACGCUCUAACCAGUUGCCCACCGUGCCGCCUGGUCAAUUUCAUUUUUCAGAAAUUCAUGCUAUUGGUAUGUCCCCACACGGGUGUGUUAUUUUUUAUUUUAUUUUAUUUUAUUUUAUUUUUACAAAUUAUUGACCAAUCUAAAGUAUUUAAAAUGGCUUGGUCUCUUUGACAAUGCAAUGUUAAUGGCUCACAAACAGUUUUUGUUUUUUUUGUUUUUCUAAAAAGUGAUGGUUUUGGACAUAUAAGGAUUUUGUCCGACGCCAGUGAUAUGUUUCCCCAUGUGUGAUGUCACAUCAGUUUGUCCUAGCGUGUAUUUUAUGGUAGUGUGCUAGCUAAUACUAUGACGGUGGUUUGUGUUGAAUAAUUUUACUGAAUAUUUGUUUAUGUAACAUUGGUUUGUAAUUAUGUACAAUUUAGAAGCAUGGUGUUGAUGCUUUAUGAUCCUCUUUUAAGUGCUUUGCUCUCAUCUUGUGGCAUAUACAGUAUGUAUGUAUUUAUGUAGCAAAUUGCAAAUGACUUUUUGGGGGGCUUCAAUUGUUCACAGAUUUUUGCUAUUUGCAGCAGGGGGCGGUCCUUAUCCCUUUCAAAUAGUAAGGGCUCACUGUAUUAUGCUACCCUUUCUGAAUAUCUCUCCAUCAUUAAAUUCUAGCCACUCUAAGACAAAUUAUUAGCCAUCAGCUCUCGGACAGGGUGUCAUUUCCCUCUUUUCAGUAAUUAAAGGCCUCUGUACAGCUACAGUCAUGAAAAAAAACUGGAAUUUUACCACUGACAUUUUAAAUGCAUGCAUUUCUUCAUAUAAACAGGUACUGUAUAUCCUGAAAACAUUUCUACGUAUACAGGGUGUUUGUAUUCCAUAUUCUGAGUGAACAUUCAUGUUAACAAACUAUUCAUUGUGCACUUCAGUUCCAAAAGCGUCUCAUAAUGUGUUAGUAAGUUUUUAUACAGCUACAAUAAAAGUGUUUAGCUACAGAUAUACUGAUAUCCUGAUUUCUGAGCUUCCUGAGCACUCCCUGCAUGUGUAUGUUAUCUGGUUCUUCUGCUGUGUAAUUCAUGCUAUACUUAAGACUGAAAAAAGUACAUUUCUCUUUAGUGAUUGUCAAUAAUCAUAUUCAUUUCAAACAAUUUUGCCUACAAACUUCUGAAAAAUUAUUCAAAAAUAAAAUCCAAUGAUCAGCAUAUCCAAUCCUCGUUGAUCUUUUUUUAGGUAUAUUUACUUGCAUAUUUAUUUUUCUGACCACUUUUUACUUUUACUCCCUACAUUUGUAAACAGACAUCUGUACUUUCUAUUCCUUACUUUGUCAAAACAGGCUUGAUACUUUUUUCAUCCUUCGGGGAUGAUGACACGAUGAUGGCUUGGCACAAAUAAAAUGUUUUCCUCUUUUAUUAA